AUGCAAGGGACAAUCUUGGAGCGAAUCAAGUUUGUUCAAGAAAAUAAAUUGUGUUUUGGCUGUCUCAAAUUUGGCCACCGAUCUAGAGAUUGUAGAGAAAGAGACAGCUGCGACACCUGUGAGAGAAGACACCCAACUUGUCUUCAUGACGAUCGCACCAAGGAAGAAAGGAUGUCUACAAGAUCUGACAGAGCAAGGUACAGUGACAAAGACAAAGAAGAGUACAAAGAAAGGAAGAAUGAACAGUCACAAGACCAGUCAGAGAGACCAUCACGUGAGGCGACGGCACUUAGAGUCAUCCAGAAUGUUGGAGACACGCAUACCUCCACAAUAAUUCCAGUGUGGGUGUCAUCUACAAGUGUACCAAGUCGUGAAGUUCUGGUGUACGCACUCCUUGAUACACAAAGUGACACAACCUUUAUCCUCGACGAGACAGCGAAGGCUCUCAAUGCUAGGAGUGAACCAGUUCAGCUAAACCUCUCCACGUUGGCUUCAAGAAACACAAUCGUGUCCUGUCGGAAGCUAGCUGGUCUACAAGUUAGAGGUUUUUAUUCAGACAAGAUAAUCACUCUUCCAGUGACUUACUCAAGAGAGUUUAUCCCUGCAAACAGAGACCAUAUUCCCACACCAGAUACGGCGAAAGCAUGGCCUCAUCUUGAACACAUUGCAGAUGAGAUCGCUCCUCAGCAAAGCUGUGAUGUCGGCCUGUUAAUUGGCUACAACUGUGCCCAAGCCCUCGUUCCAAGACAAGUGGUGCCUGGUGAGGAACACCAGCCGUUUGCACAAAAGACAGACUUGGGCUGGAGUGUAGUGGGAUAUGGCAACCCGUGUCUCAACUAUGGAGAUGCAAUUGGAAUAAGUCACCAAGUCAUGGUGAAGCAAGUGAUGCCAGGUCUACCGUCCUCUUCAGACCUCACAAAGGAAGUGCACUAUGUCUGUAGGACACAGAUCAAAGAAGUUCUCUUACCUGCAGAUGUCAUCAAGAUGCUGGAGUCUGACUUCGUUGAAAGAGAGUCGGAAACCAGCCCCAUCUCUCAAGAAGAUCUAAGGUUCCUGUCAAAAAUGGAAAAGAGCAUCAAGUUAAAGAGCGACGGUCAUUACGAAAUGCCGCUGCCAUUCAAGAAAGAAAGACCUAACUUACCUGAUAAUAAGAUCUGUGCUAUCCAUCGUCUCAGGUGCCUAGAAAGAAGGCUGAGAAGAAACGACCAGUACUACAAAGACUACAAGACCUUCAUGGAUGAGACCAUAAGACGCGGAGAUGCAGAAAGGGUCCCGGAGGAAGACAUCCACAAAGCUCCUGCUUGGUACAUUCCGCAUCAUGGGGUGUAUCAUCCACAAAAGCCUGGGAAGAUACGUGUUGUCUUCGAUUGCUCCGCCAAGUACCAAGGAACGUCCUUGAACGACCACCUCCUGACGGGUCCUGAGUUGACAAACACCUUGGUGGGAGUUCUGUAUCGCUUCCGAAGAGGUCCUGUGGCAAUCAUGUGUGACAUCGAACGCAUGUUUCACCAGUUCCAUGUUAAGGCAGAAGACCAAGAUUACCUGCGGUUCCUUUGGUGGGACAAUGGAGAUCUCGAAAGCCAACCUUCCAUCUAUCGGAUGAAAGUCCACUUGUUUGGUGCAGCAUCGUCACCUGGCUGUGCCAACUAUGGGCUGAAGCAUGUCGCUGCUGAAGGACAAGGAAACUUUAGUGACGACACCAUAAAGUUCAUUCAACGGAACUUCUACCUGGAUGAUGGAUUGUCAAGUGUAGCAUCCGAAGACCAAGCGAUCCAACUGGUGAAAGAAGCAAGAGAACUUUGCAGCACAGGCAAACUCCGGCUGCAUAAGUUUAUCUCUAACAGCAAGAAGGUCCUAGACGCAAUCCCAAAAGAAGAAUGUGCUGCAGCUGCCAAAGACAAGGACAUGGCACUGGGUGAACUGCACAUGGAAAGAGCACUCGGUGUGCAGUGGUGCGUGGAUUCUGAUAAGUUCCAGUUCAGAGUAAUCGUCAAGGAGAAUCCACUUACUCGAAGAGGAGUCCUGUCCACAGUCGCUUCAGUCUACGACCCUCUUGGAUUUGUGGCACCGUUCAUCUUGUUGGGAAAGCAGAUCCUGCAGCAGAUGUGUCGUGACAAGCUCAGUUGGGAUGACACCUUACCUGAUGACCUACGACCUCUGUGGGAAAGCUGGCUUCAAGACCUGCGAAAUCUAGCCGAGGUGAAGAUUCCAAGAUGCUACGUUCCAUCAAGCUUCAAGGUCCAACACUACGAACUCCACCAUUUCGCCGAUGCCAGUGAGUCAGGCUAUGGAGAGUGCUCGUACCUCAGAGCAGUGAGUACGUCAAGUGAAGUCCACUGUUCCUUUGUAAUGGGAAAGUCGAGAGUCGCUCCUACUAAGGUCACAACCAUACCAAGACUCGAGCUGUCAGCAGCAGUGGUAGCUGUCCGCACCAGUGACAUGCUCAAGAAAGAACUGGAAAUAGAAUGCCUACAAGAAGUCUUCUGGACUGAUUCAAGAGUGGUCCUUGGUUACAUCAAUAAUGAAGCCAGAAGAUUUCACGUGUUUGUGGCAAAUCGUGUGGAACGCAUCAAGCAAAGCACAGAGUCUACACAAUGGAAGUAUGUGGCUUCAGAAGAUAAUCCAGCAGACUACGCCUCAAGAGGUCUCACAGCAGAGCAACUGGUAUCCUCUAACUGGUUCACAGGCCCAGACUUUCUUUGGCAGAAGGAGUUACCAAGUGGAGAUGUCAAGGUGGGAGAGAUCACAUAUGACGAUCCUGAGCUUAAGAAGGUCCAGGUUCUCGACACCCAGGCGAAAGAAGUCAAGUCGCUGCUAGAUCGCCUACACAAGUUUUCAGACUGGUCCAAAAUGGUGAAAACUAUCGCCAGACUCCAGCGCCAUGUGAAAGAAAUUAAAGGGCUUCAGCCAAAGUCCUGUGAAGCCUGCAGUUUGGAGGAAAGGAGAGAAGCGGAGUUGACAAUAAUCAAGAUGGUUCAAGAAGCAACCUUCUCACAAGAUAUACAGUUACUCCAAAGUGACAAGGAGACGCCAGUCAAGGGCAAAGCCAAUAAGUUGCACCGGUUAAGUCCAUUCCUGGAUGACCAAGGUGUCCUCAGAGUUGGAGGCCGCUUAACUCAUGCUGCCCUACAUCCACAGGUGAAGCAUCCAGCGGUCCUUCCAAAGGACAGUCAUGUGUCAAAUUUACUUGUCAAGCACUAUCAUGAAAGAGUGUACCAUCAAGGACGAGGAAUGACCAUGAAUGCGCUCCGAUCUAAUGGCAUAUGGAUACUGGGCUGCAGCAAGGCUGUAUCAUCCCAUAUCUACAAGUGCACUAAGUGCAGGAAGUUCAGAAGAUGCACUGAACAGCAGAAAAUGUCAGACCUUCCAGAGGACAGAAUGGAAACAGCUCCUCCAUUCACCUACUGCGGUAUGGACUGUUUUGGACCAUUUUACGUAAAGGAAGGAAGGAAAGAGCUAAAGCGUUAUGGAUUGUUACUUACCUGCAUGUGUUCCAGAGCGGUUCACGUUGAGAUGCUUGACGAUAUGACCACGGAUGCCUUCAUUAACGCAUUGCGUUCAUUCAUCGCCAUUCGUGGAAAGGUACGUCAGAUAAGAAGUGAUCAAGGAACAAACUUCGUCGGAGCAAGACGAGAGUUUGCUGAAGCAUUGAAAGAAAUGGAUCAGGAAGAGCUCAAGCAGCUUGGAUGUGAGUUCAUCAUGAACACCCCAGCUUCAAGUCAUAUGGGUGGCGUCUGGGAAAGACAAAUUCGCACCAUAAGAAGUGUCUUGACGUCCAUUCUAGAACAGUCAGCUACGCAGCUUGACUGCUCCUCUCUAAGAACGUUCCUGUAUGAAGUCAUGGCAAUAGUGAACAGUAGACCUCUGAGCACUGAUUGUCUAAAUGAUUCAUCCAGUCCAGAGCCCCUGACACCAAACCACAUUUUGACCAUGAAGUCCACGAUACUCGCUCCACCUCCUGGGAAGUUCGUCAAGGAAGAUCUAUACCUACGCAAGAGAUGGCGUCGAGUUCAAUUCUUAUCCAACCACUUUUGGACAAGAUGGAAGAAGGAGUACCUCCUGAGCCUCCAACAGAGACAGAAGUGGACCAAAGAUCGCAGGAAUGCAAAGGUCGGCGAUGUUGUACUCCUGCAAGAUGAUACUACACCACGUAACCAGUGGAGGAUGGCAAAGGUUAUCGAAGUGUACCCAGGAAAGGAUGGGAAGGUGCGAAGACUCAAGUUGCUCAUCAGCGACUCAACCCUUGAUGAGAAAGGAAAGCGUAUCUCCAAACCUGUCCACCUGGAAAGGCCCAUCCAUAAGACGGUGACGCUGAUGGAAGCAGACUGAAGACUCCGACCUCUCUCUUUCUUUUCCUCCCCUCUCUCUCUCUAUCUGUCUCACUACAGGUGCAGUCAUGGUGAUCGUUCUCUGGGGAAGCCAAGGACUGAAGUUUAGUUUUUUUGUUUAUCCUUUCUACGCAGUAGUAUGUUGUCUCUCAAUAGUUGAAGAAAAUCAUAUACAUGUGAUAUGUUUUGGUGGGAGUGUAACUGCCUCUGUGUCAGUCAGCGCGGUAUUUCUGAGUUAUUUAUUUUGGUAGGAACCAAAGUUCUCUAAGGCGGAACCUUUGUUUUUGUAUCGCCCGUUUCCGUCAGGACAUACUUUAGCGUAACACUCAUCAAAAAGUCCGCUGAUUUAGUACAUGUUUUUCAGUGCUGAUGCAUCUGCAAAAUAGCUCUUAGCAUCAAGAUAAACAAUCCUACAGAGUAAUGCCAAGCUACACAACUUUCCUCUUGCAAUGCAGCUACUAAGGUAUGUUUUGCUGACGUUUUUUGUGUGUGUUUUCUGUUCUUGUUUGUAUUAAAUUGUUUUUAUACAGCUAAGGGCUAACACCGUUAAGGGCUAACACAUGUUGGGCUUAGUUAGAUUGGUCUUUGUGUUUUGUUGUAUUAUAUGUAACCAAAGUGUAUUGUGUAUACAGUAGCCUAAUUGAAAGUGACGACAUUACCAGGACAAUGUUGGGAUAUUACUGUAUGGCUUGUUAUUAUUUUGACUAGUGAUUAUUGUAUUUGUGUAUUAUGUUUUUUGAUUACAGUUUUCACGGUCUGGAUGAACCAAAUAAAUCCUGCCAGUAAACAAAAAGGAAACUCGUUGCUGUCGUUUGUACUGAGGGAAUUACAGUUGCAAAUCGAAAAAAUGCAGAGGCCCGGCAGACUUGAGGGGGUCCACCACCUGCAGCCCUCACAGAGGCUGAGGAGAUGGCCCUAAGCCAACAGAGUAUGCGUCCUGUGGCCCUGGGGGGAGCUCCUCUGAUCCCCCCCACCCCCCAGGAUAGAAGUGCCUUUACAGUAUAAGAGUUACUGAUGGCGUCAUCGCCCUACUUGAACCAGAUGCCCUCACCAACCUCCAUGCAAUUAUAACAAUUCAAAAAAUGCAAAAGGAUGCUUUGGAGAUCCACAUUUUGGAACAUAAGUUAAAGGUGUUUUUUUUUUUGUGCUUUCAGGAAAUAAAAUAAUCCUCAUAAUAAGUAGAUUGUCUUUAUUAGAACACGGGCUGUGGUGGGACAAGUUAUUUUGUUGAACAGUUUACUCAAAGGGUUUUACUUCAGUGAACAAUGCAGACGAUUAUGCUGAGCAUGUGCAUGUAGAGAAGAACAGCAUCUGGUUAAAAGCAGUACCAGGGUCUUUUCUGCCUUGCAUUCUUAAAAUGAGUUUCUUGACUUGCAGCAGUUAUAGGUCCGUGGUUAGUCAGCUACUCUGAUCAUGGGAAAGCCACAACGUUGAAGUGACUGUAGUAGGCUACAGAGCGGGUGGGAUGCACGGGGCGGAUCAUUCUGCACAUACGUUAAUUGCGAUAAAAAAUAAAAAAUUAAACUUAAAGCAUGCCCCCGGUGCGUUUGAGAGUUAACAUGGGGGCUGAGAAGGUGGUCUAAAUAAAUGAUAGAUUGCGCUGAAAAACGAUAGCGCUCGUGAAGAAAAUUAUCAGGAAAAUAAAGUAUAUCUAACCGGGGUCUUAAUAAUCGUUCCUCACGGAGAUUCCUUCUGAGGAUCGCAGCCUCUACGUCCACGGGCUCUCGUAGAAAAGGACAUGCCAUUUCUAACACUUCCUUCUGUCGGAGAGCUGCCUUCAGCCUUAUAGACAACAAACUCAGAGUA